ACACACACAUAUGUAGUGUAUUAUAUACAUAUAUAUAAUUAAUAAUAGGCACGUUGAUAAGGAGAGCUGUGACGUCACAGGCCAGAUGUCCACCGGCAACAUGGCGCUGGCGAAGGCUUACGGCUCGUCAGGUCUCCUCUCGACCCUCAAUAAUGUUGGGACACGGGCACUUGGGACGUCGGCACCACAUCUGGCGGUUGCCAAAACGAAAGCCUCUCUCUCACGGCCAGGACUGAAGAAUAUCGUGCUGGUGGAUGGAGUGCGUACACCCUUCCUUAUGUCUGGGACACAGUACCAGAAACUGAUGCCACAUGACCUUGCCCGACAGGCUCUCAAGAGCUUAGCAUCUCGUAUUGGGCUUGAUAAAUCUUCUGUGGAUUACAUUACUAUGGGAACUGUCAUCCAGGAGGUGAAAACUUCAAAUGUUGCUCGUGAAGCAGCCUUAGGGGCAGGCUUUUCUAACAAGAUUCCAGCCCAUACUGUUGCUAUGGCCUGCAUCUCCUCGAACCAGGCAGUCACAACUUGUGCAGGAUUGAUGUAUGCAGGCGUGUAUGAUGUGUGUAUUGCUGGUGGAGUAGAGUUCAUGUCAGACGUGCCCAUUCGUCAUUCUCGCAAAAUGCGAGAACUCCUGCUUAAGCUGAACCGAGCCAAAACAACGGGUGCACGAAUGAGUCUUCUGUCCCAGUUGUCGUUGAAGCACUUUGCUCCCGAGCUUCCUGCAGUGGCAGAGUUCUCUACAAAUGAAACCAUGGGCCAUUCUGCUGACCGUCUGGCUGCUGCUUUCAAGGUGUCCCGAGAAGAACAGGACGAGUAUGCGCUGCGCUCGCACACACUGGCUCACAAAGCACAGGAGGCAGGACACCUCACUGACUUGGUGCCCUUUAAAGUCCCAGGUGUAGACCAAGUUGUGGAGAAAGAUAACGGUAUUCGUGUGUCUACUCCUGAGCAGAUGGCCAAGCUCAAACCUGCAUUUGUGAAGCCGCAUGGCACUGUUACAGCAGCAAAUGCUUCUUUUCUGACUGAUGGUGCAUCUGCUUGUCUACUUUGUACUGAAGAAAAGGCCAAGGAGAUGGGAUGGAAGCCCAGGGCUUACAUCCGAGACUUUAGUUACACAUCUCAGGACCCAAAGGAUCAAUUGCUCUUGGGGCCAACCUAUGCAACACCACAGGUUCUAGGAAAAGCUGGCCUUAAGAAUUCGGAUAUUGAUGUGUGGGAGAUCCACGAGGCAUUUGCAGGUCAGAUGCUUGCCAACAUGAAGGCCAUGGACUCGGACUGGUUUGCACAAACUUACCAGGGACGCUCUGAGAAAGUAGGCGCGCCAGAUCUGGCCAAAAUCAACACUUGGGGAGGCUCGUUAUCCAUUGGUCAUCCAUUUGCUGCAACAGGUGUGCGCCUAAUGAUGCACUCGGCCAACCGUCUGAUAAAGGAAGAUGGCACAUUCGCUUUCAUUACUGCUUGCGCUGCUGGUGGGCAGGGUGUGGGUAUGAUUAUUGAGCGGUAUCCUGGUGCAACUGUUUAGGCUGGUGUGACUUCCAAAUGCUACAAAAGACGACUUGAAAAUCGUGAUGAUGCCUGUAAAAUAUUUUGCAGGGGAAACUCAUGGGGUUAUACACUUAGUUAAAGUACAGUAGUGUUUUUAGUCUCCUACCACAUGUGUUUCCCCCUUUUAGAUAUAAAACUGCAAUUAUCAAUGCAAUAAUUUUAGUGUGCAGGAUUGCAUUCCUUGAUUUGUCGAAUUGAUAUACUUUGUGUACGACAUUCAAUAAAAUUGUUGUUAUUAUAAGGUGUAUUUGUAUAUAUCUUUGAUGAAAAAAUAAAAUAAAAUUGUCAUGAA